CACGUUCACAACCUCAUCAUCGUGUCUAUUUGAUCCAUUUAGUACUGCUUUGCAUGUUAUAGAGCACAGAAUGUGAAGGCAUUUUCAUUUAAGCAUUAAGGACUUAUAAAGAGCAUGCAAAAUGCCACGUGCUUGUGCAACCUCUUGUUUAUGCACCGAAGGUCUGUUUCCUUCUGAUCUAGAGAGAAUAAACCGAAUUCCUCAUCCAUUUCAACCCCUGUAAGACACUCUUCAGAAAUUCAAACCCACACAAGAGCUUUUGCUUAUUGCUAAAAAACCAGAAGCCAUUGAAAGACCAUCUAUUUUCCAUGGGGCAACGGCAGCCAGCUAGGUUUGAACAUCAGGUUUAUGGCCUCUUAAAAGGAAAGCUGUAACUUUCACGGCUCUAAGAGAAAACAGCCGUAGGUAACAGCUACACCCAGCUGCUCCAAUUAUGUGCUUUACUUCUUUAGUACACGACAGCAACUUUAAGAACAAAAUUGCAGUCCGUAGGAUAGAAUGAGGCAGCGUUACCUGCUGUGAAGGGUUUGGUGGUGGGGUGGCUGGAUAUAAAGGGAGACAAGAAGCCAACGCACAGGACAUUUUCCAGCGAAGAAGAGUUGGAGCAGUUCUGCAGCCUCUCUCAGCAAGCAGAAUGGAGAAGGCCAGGAAGAUCUCGGUUGGUGUCCUCCUGUUUACCACGUCUGUGGCAAUCUGCUUGGCUCAACACUGGUCUUAUGGCCUGCAACCGGGAGGAAAAAGGAAUGUCGAAAAUCUGGUGGAAUCAUUUCAAGAGAUUGCAAACGAAAUGGAAAAUCUUGGGGAAGCGCAGAAGGCUGAAUGCCCUGGAUCAUACCAGCAUCCCAGCCUGAGCAAUCUGAAGGAAACCAUGGCAAGUCUGAUCGAAGGAGAAGCCAGAAGAAAGAAGAUUUAAAUGCACAAAUCCAACAACAGACUCAGAAUAAAAUUUCAAAGCAAUGUUGAAAACAGAUCCUCCUGCCUCUGCUUUGAUUGCAAUAUGUGAAUAAGUAUGUGAAAUUAGUUGGGAAUAGUGGAAGAUACCGUUGUCUAGACAACUUGCUUGUAGGUAAAAGAAAACCUGGAGGGGGAA